ACCAGCCUCGACCUGAUUCGAGCUCGCCUCGUCCUCUGUUCCCGUCAACUCGUUGACGCCGAGCUCUUGCCCGAGCGGACGACUCAGUCGGUCCAGCAGCGAGAUGGGCAAUGGUACCGGCGUAGACUGGCUGCGCAGAUGCCAACUGACUAUGUUGCAGACAGCACUGCUGGUCACCAGGGCUGUUGGACUCGCGGAUGGCAACGAGUCAGUUUGUUGGCCAGACGGGGCCGCUGGCGACGAGACUGUCGGAGCCUCGAGGGCCCGUGGAUACCGCCAACUGAAAGAGUCCCCGUCGGGGCGACUCGUCGCCGCUGUCUGGUGAGGCAACGGGGUUGUCCGCCUCGCAGACGUCAGGAAGGUGGACAGAGGCCAAGGCGAAGGGUCGGCGUCUGCGUGGCUCGCAGAAAGACAGCCCGCAUCAACCGUGUCCCUGGUGCGAUAAUCCAAGUGGUUCAUCAUACGGAGGAUGAGCGAAUAUUUGUCGCUUUCUUCCCCUCAAAAUGA